UGGAACUUUCCCAGAUGUGCUGUACCGGGUACGAGUAAUGUCAUGAUUAUGUCGUUUUUGAUGGAGAAAAUGAUUCGAUAUUUAUUUUCCGUGUUACUUAUUACUACAUUAUGUCGAUUUCAUACAGUCGAAGGUGCAGAGAACUAUGACAGCGCCAGAGAUCGAUGCUUUUGCAAGCUGAAAGGCGAAAUAGAUGAUUGUUCCUGUAAAGUGGAGAAUGUGGACUCUUUCAAUAACUUGAAAAUAUAUCCAGUACUUAGAAGUCUUACUCAGAAGGAUUACUUCAGAUACUUCAAGGUGAACAUCAACAAACCAUGUGCCUUCUGGGAAAACACAUUUGAAUGUAGCCUCCGCGAUUGUCAUGUCGAACCGUGUACAAAGGAGCAGCUGCCAGAAGGCCUGAAAGGAAAAACGAAUAGUAAUGAAGGUGUGGAAGAUCAUGCCAAAAAUAAAUACAAGAAAGAAGCACAGGACCAGCCAGUCAGUGAUUGCACGCUGGAUAAAGAUGACUAUGAUGAUAAGCUAGGCUUCCUCGAUCAAACAAUCAGUCAGCCAGCUGAAGAGGCCUUUAAAUCAUGGAAGCAACAUGACGAUCAGCAGGAGACAUUCUGUGAAAUCGAUGAUGAAAACGCCGCCAACAUGCAGUAUGUGGACCUGUUGUUGAAUCCAGAGCGCUUCACUGGUUACAAGGGGCAGUCGGCACAGAGGAUCUGGAGUAGUAUUUAUAAUGAAAACUGUUUCAAGCCUCUUCCCGGAUAUGGCUUCUUGAACAAACCACAAUCAACAGAGGCUAAUAAGAUGGAAAAGUGGGCCGACUACCUUGAAGGAUUGUGUUUAGAAAAGCGUGUGUUCUUCCGUAUGAUCUCUGGUCUUCACACCAGCAUUAGUGUACAUUUAACAUAUAACUUCUUCUUUCCUGGCAAUGGCUUUCUCAGCAGUGGCCACUUUGCUCCGAAUGUGGACCUGUUUCAGAAGAGAUUUGAUCCUGCAACUAGUGAUGACGAAGGACCCCAGAGGCUGAGGAAUCUUUAUUUCACCUACCUGGUGGAACUACGCGCAUUGGCGAAAAUAGCACCAUAUUUAGAAGAGGAAAACUUUUAUACAGGCAAUGAAGUUGAAGAUGCAGAAACCAAAGAAGCUGUGAUCAAUCUUUUGAAUAUUAUAAAAUCUUUCCCAGAGCAGUUUGAUGAGAGUAAACUAUUUACUGAUGACACUGUAGAAACUUUAAAACUAAAGGAGGAUUUCCGACAAAAAUUCCACAAUAUAUCCAAAAUCAUGGAUUGUGUAGGCUGUGAUAAAUGUCGAUUAUGGGGAAAAUUACAGACUGUGGGUAUGGGCACCGCCCUAAAAAUUUUAUUCUCCGGUGAUGUUGGGCCGGAUGCCACCCUCUCCGCCUCCUCAAAAACAAAAUUCCAGCUUAGAAGAACAGAGAUUGUGGCGCUUUUUAAUGCAUUUGCUAGAUUAUCAAGUAGCAUCCAUGCCAUAGAAGAAUUUAGAAAGAUGAUGAGGUGAUACGGUGAAAUUGGUUUUGUCAAAUAUUUUUCUUAGCAGACGACAAUGUGCUGUGCAUACUGGAAGCGAACUUCAGAACGAACAGACCAUCAAGAGGAAUUGAGAAAGUUUUGAGUUUUUACAUCUUCAGUUGAAGACCUGGGACCGGCUGUUCAAAAGAACAAAAGUCACGUUAUCCCUGGGACGUUUUCUCUUUCAGUUGAAAAAUUUCACGUGAAGACUUAACGACUCCAUUAAAGCUAACAGGGUUUUGAACACCCAGUCCUGCGUGCAAGAACCUCGUAGUCCACAUAGCACUCCUUUCGAGAAAAAAACAGGUUUUUGUUUACACUCAUCGGGUUGCACCAGGUAAUGAAAAUUGGUGCCAAUGAAGUCAUCCGCUGAUAGGUUUAUGCAUUAAAGAGAUCAGGUUGCGACUAAAGUCUUUAUUUAGACUAACUGAACAUAGUAAAACUAACUAUCUUAUGCAGUUCAUUGACUGGAGUCAGUAAUGUUAUGCAACGUUAUACAGUGUUACCCAGAUGCCCAGCUUACAUAAUCAACUCCCUGAGGGAAACUCAAAACUGCUAUGAAUUAUCAAAGGAAGCAUAUUCCCGCCUUAGGUUUUAACCGGGCCGUUCAAAACUCCCCAUUUUUAUAAGCGUUUCGCUACAGGUUUCCUUUAAUAAUGAGUCUUUUAUAUAGCGCAAUUCCGUGACACUAUAGUUCUCCCUCAAAGCGCUUUGGGAUAUCAUAUUAUUAACUGAAGACUCGCUUUAAGCAUUGUACUUACUUACAUGGUUUUUCCUCUCCUUGAAACUGUAGUUUAUGGUAUUUUGCUUUUCAAGGACAUUUUCAACAACUGAAGACUGGUUCCACGUAGAGCAGUGCUUUAGAUUCCAGUCAAUACAGGGCUGUGUGAUGAACUAAACUGUACCAAUCAGUCUUUUUUGCCAAAGACGUGGGUUGCUGGGUUCUAGCACACAGGUUUUCCAUUUGCAUUUAAAUGUACCCAAUACGGAUAUUGUAUAAGAUAUGGUGCGUAUUUCUUGUGGUACAUCAAGUAGGGGGCAGCAGGGUUUUGAAUUAAAACUUUAUUGCAUAUUACAAUUUGUAAUAUAAGUAUAUGGUAUUUGCACAAAGGGGUGUGGCCUCCCAUAUGGUAUGGUACCAUUAUACAAAGGGGGUGAGCCAUCUCAUAUGGUAUGUACCAUUGUAAAAAGAGGUGAGACAUUCCAUAUGGUGUGUACCAUUUAUACAAAGGGAUGAGACAUUCCAUAUGGUGUGUACCAUUUGUACAAAGAGGUGAGACAUUCCAUAUGGUGUGUACCAUUUGUACAAAGGGAUGAGACAUUCCAUAUGGUUUGUACCAUUUGUACAAAGGGAUGAGACAUUCCAUAUGGUGUGUACCAUUUGUACAAAGAGGUGAGACAUUCCAUAUGGUGUGUACCAUUUGUACAAAGGGGUGAGACAUUCCAUAUGGUGUGUACCAUUUGUACAAAGGGAUGAGACAUUCCAUAUGGUGUGUACCAUUUGUACAAAGAGGUGAGACAUUCCAUAUGGUGUGUACCAUUUGUACAAAGGGAUGAGACAUUCCAUUUGGUUUGUACCAUUUGUACAAAGUGAUGAGACAUUCCAUAUGGUGUGUACCAUUUGUACAAAGGGAUGAGACAUUCCAUAUGGUGUGUACCAUUUGUACAAAGGGAUGAGACAUUCCAUAUGGUGUGUACCAUUUGUACAAAGGGAUGAGACAUUCCAUAUGGUGUGUACCAUUUGUACAAAGGGAUGAGACAUUCCAUAUGGUGUGUACCAUUUGUACAAAGGGGUGAGACAUUCCAUAUGGUGUGUAGCAUUUGUACAAAGGGAUGAGACAUUCCAUAUGGUGUGUACCAUUUGUACAAAGGGGUGAGACAUUCCAUAUGGUGUGUAGCAUUUGUACAAAGGGAUGAGACAUUCCAUAUGGUGUGUAGCAUUUGUACAAAGGGGUGAGACAUUCCAUAUGGUGUGUAGCAUUUGUACAAAGGGGUGAGACAUUCCAUAUGGUGUGUAGCAUUUGUACAAAGGGAUGAGACAUUCCAUAUGGUGUGUAGCAUUUGUACAAAGGGAUGAGACAUUCUAUAUAGUGUGUAGCAUUUGUACGAAGAGGUUCAGGCCUUGCAUGUGGUUUGUAGCAUUUGCUCAAGAGACAUUCCAUAUGGUAUGUGGCAUUUGCCCAAAGGUUGUGGCCUCAUUUCAAUGGUUGUGAUAUGAUUUUACAAGUACAACCUUCUUUUCCUCUCUACAGAUGUCAUGUCACAGUUUAAUGAUGCAUCCGGAUACAUUUUAGAUGAUGCAUGGUGAAUGAGACGUAGAACCAGUGUUUUCCUGAUGGAUUGGGAAAAUCCUGCACAGGAAAUGAGUGAUUGCUCCAAAUUAUUUAAUUGUCACCAAAAGUAUGAUUACAGAGAACUUGCCUACACAAAGCAACCUCCCAUAGCCAGAUAUCAGUCAUCUCUGUCCUGGAGGACUCGCUCUCUUUUAAGGACACUGACUUGGUUCCUGAUUGGUCAUUUCCACCCAAUUUGACCUUUAUAAUCAGGACACCUCUCUAAUACGGACGGUGUUGAUCAGUACUGAGAGGGGUCCUGACUAAGAAGGUUCGACUGUACAUAACACAAUUCAACAUUGAUAAAAAAUUUAGUUUUGAUCCAUCGUCAGAUGGCUUUGGUCAAUGGCUAAUAUUUAUAAAUACUAGUAAAUGCUUUUACUACAGUUUUAUGCAGAGAUGGCUAGUGUAAAUGUACAUGAAGUUUAAAGUAAAAACAUUUACUAGUCUUAUAAAGACUAGUAAAUGCUUUUACUACAGUUUUAUACAGAGAUGGCUAGUGUAAAUGUACAUGAAGUUUAAAGUAAAAGCAUAAUACUAGUCUUUUACAAAUAUCAGCCAAUAUUUUUACAUAUAUUUUCAAAGUAUUUUCUUCAUCAUUGUCUUCAUCGCUAAAUUUUGCUCUUAUAGAAAAGAAAAGCACAUCACCUUUGAAGUAUUUACUCUUUUGCUUUGUUUGUUUUGUAAAUCAUUAGAUCCUGUUGUUGUUUAGCAUAAGUGUGUCUUGUAUGAUAAGAAGCAUGAUUUUACCAUGAAUUAUUUCUGGAUGAAACGAGGCUUUUUUGUGAUACUUUAAAAUUGUAUUAAUUCAAAGUAACCCACCACCUCCAAUAACUACAUGUAUAUUGCAAGUAGCAAGUAAUACUGACAUACUGGUUCUAAAAAAACAUCGACUUAUUAUUAAAAGCCUGUGUAGUAUUUUACCUGAUACAAGAACACUUGAUGAAGUGAGAGUGCGUGUGGUGUAAACUAUUUGCAAAAUGUUUAAUGCUUAAUCAUAUUAAUCUAGGUCAAUGAAUUAGGUCAUUUGCGUACUACAUUGAUGUAAACUUGACUGAUAGAAUUUUCUGGUGCUAUGUGUAAUAUUUCUGUCUUGUUUAAUCGGCAUGGUACAUAUAGCGCUGCAAAAGGCAGUGUUGAGUGUUCAGCUGAACACAUAUUAAUAAAAUGAGAUGUGAUGUGUGUGGUGAAACAUCGGAUUUAGUGUAAUCACCCAUCCUUUUGAGUGUAGCAAAAAGAUGUUAAGCUUGCCUGUCUUGAGCCAAAGACGUCGACCUUUGACCUUUAACCUAUAAACUGUGCAUUGGGAGUAUAUAAAACCAAUCGAGUCCGGAUCCUGCCGGAUAUGCUGCCCAUUUACGUAUGGUGCUGGAGUGUAAUAUGAAAUUAAAUCCAGAUUCAGUUAUAGAACCAGAUUCUAUUUAAAAGGCUGCAAUUGAGUUUUAACAGAUGUAAACUUGUUUCGUUAUUGUCUUUAUAAAGUCUAUUUCUUUUUCAUAACAAUCACCAUUAUAGAUUAGAUUUAGUGUGUUGCUGUCAGUCGAGCAGUUUGAGAAUUUUAGUUUGAGAAUUUUAGUUUGAGAAUUGAAUUUAUCGUGUUGUAACGUAUUCAAGCCCACCUUUGGUGAAUCUUGUAAUAUUCUACUGCCAAACCCAUAAAAACCUAUCAGUAAUAGCGCACAUCGAGGCCAUGUUGUUUUUCUUGCUAUUAGAUUUGAUACAUAUGUACUGCUAGGGUAACUGGGGGGAAAUCUUGCUCUUUCAUAUACAGUGGCCCCUCCCUUAGCAGACGCCUCUCUAUUAAGGACAACCUCUCUAUUAAGGACACUUGCUUUGAACAACCUGGGCCCAGUUCUCUACCAAUCCAGAUCAGUUUUGUACUCCAUUUGAAAACCUUCGAGGCAUAAUAGAAACAAAUGGAUUGGGCCUGAUUUACUCCAAUCCAACUGCUCAGUGGUAGGCAUUUUACACUCAGAGGGCUGGCUUUCCCCCAGGUUAAUCUCCUGUUUGACAUAUCACAUGUACCAGUUUCCACACCCUUCUUCUUCAGCAUUCGCUCUGCCCUUGGAGGCGAUUUUCUCCAGGGAGUAUUCCUCCUCCAAGGUGGGAUGAGCGUUUAUGUGUGACACUACUGUUAUGCGCCAAUUGGAUUUAUUGGCCUAGUGAAUCCGAUUUCGGCAAGAGGUUGAGUCCACGCAAGCUACUCAUGUUUCUCACUUGGUUGGGUCUUUAACCUGCCCUGGCAUAGACACCAGAUACAAGGAACCUCGGUUUUAUAUCUCAUUCGAAGGACUGUGAAGAGCCAGAAAUUUUAGUUCCUUGAAGGCCAUGCCGGUUCAUUCAGAAAUACAAUCCUGGGUUCUCCCUGGGAUCAAACCUGGGCCCAAUUGCAUGGUAGCCAGCAGUGUUAACUAUUAGGCUAUGAAGCUCCCCAGGCCUAUGGACAUUGAUUGUGGUUCAGAAGUGGGCAUUUCUGUUCAAUUUGACCUCUGUAAUCUGUGUUAAAUAAUCAAGAGACAUCCAAACCAUUUGUACUUCAAAGGGUGUCCUUAAUCAAGUGGUCCUACUGUACUUCCAAAUGACUUUUCAUUUCUUGCGUAUCUUUUUGAAUGUUUUGGUACAUGUAUUUUCCAUUGGUAACUUUCAUCAUCAACAAUGAGGAACCUGUAGAACUAAAACUCCAGAUGGCAGCACCAGUACUAAAAAGUACACUUCCAGUGCUUUUCCAUUAAAAUUAAGUUUUGUUGAUUUUCUCCCUAAAACUCAUCAAAAUAGAAUUAAGGUUCAAUAAAAAAACAAUUUUGGUGCUAUUUCCCCAUGUAGAGUAAUUUAGGGAUGAAAUAUUCAAUAAUCUUUGACCCGGGAUAUGGCUUUCUCAUCACAACGAUGGUCCACUUGCCUGCAGGGCCACCUAUUGGCAGGUUUUGUUAUACAGGUUCCUCAUUCAUCGCCUACGGUUGGUUCAGUUUUUAAAGUCACAGACAAGUCCAAGUAGAGACAAGAGGCAAAUCCAGGAAUAUGAAAAAGUGACAUUUUUAGUCCAAAUUCAAUUCAAUUUUUAUGAAGAAAAGCAUUUUAUGAUAAAAUUCAUAUGGGGUUGGGGGACCCCAGGGCCCCCUGCAUAUGGAUCUUUACCUGGGGGAUGAAUUGAUAAUUUCCUCUAUUGAGGUCUGUUCUGGGAUGCAUCAGAAAAUUUGCAUAGGUAAUACACUUAAACUAUUUGUGUUCACUUUUUGAUCUGCCCUUGUAGCACCAGCUAUAUAGGCACUCUGCAACCAGUAUGAAUUUAAGAUUACACACAAUAAAACCUUCGUCAAAGUUAUCCACAUGGAGAUGCUUUAGUGAUCAAGCUGUUUUGAAGAACAACAGCUUUAUAUUCCUUUAAAGGGGGACUAUAGGCAGGAGCAGAGGGGCUAAUUUGGCCAUCUUCAGGUGACUAAUAUACACAGUAAGGGCCCUUAUUGGGUCAUGUCAGAUUCCGCACUAAAUGUAUUCCUCGUACAAGCAUGAAUCAUUUCGACCUACUGUGAGAUGUGAGAGACCCCUAUUGGUGGCUUUGUGUAACUUUAUCUUGCCUGUGUUGCUGCUGCCUAUAUUGUCCUUUUAAAUAUUCCAUGGUUUUAGUCAGGUGACCUUCUAAACUGAAUGAACUGUACGUUUCACCGUUACCAGUCCUGUUAUCCACGCCGGAGCUUUCUAUACUAAAUAAAGUUCUAUUUCU